CUUCUGCCUGUCCCAUAAACAGCUGAUUCUACAAAAUGACUGACUCCUUCCCGUUAAUUUCUUUCAAUUCAUCGAAGUUUAAGCAUGUACCUUUCAACUAUUCUUUUUGGGGUCCGUUAAAAGAAUUGAAAAUGUUUCGGAUUGCCUUGAGGUCAGUUCCUCGGCUGUCGGCCCUGAGGACCGCCACCAGGACCAAGCAAACCGUCAUGUCUGCCACCAACCUCAAGAUCACACAGCAGGUUCGUUUUAUGUCCGCUGCUGGAACCUCUGAUGCUGAGUUUGAUGCUAGAUACGAGGCUUACUUCAACCGUGCUGAUAUUGAUGGUUGGGAGAUCAGGAAGGUUAGGUCUUUUCUUUCGAGAACCAGAGGUUUAAAUUUCUAUUUUUCUUCACAAUCUGUGAAAAAAAAACGGGCAAAACAUGCAGUCAGAAGAAGGGUGAACGACUACGCUCUUACAACCAGGAUCAUGGAGAUCGUGAAGAUCAAGUGCGCUGACAAGGAGUCAGAGAUCUGGCCCUACAUGAUUCAGGAGCUGAAGCCAACCCUAGAGGAGCUUGGUAUCAACACCCCUACAGAGAUGGGAUACGACCAACCGGAGCUUGCCCUCCCCAACCCCUAUGAGAUCCACUAAUUGUUUCCACCCUUCGAGAUGAAAAAAUAUCCACAAAAACCCUCUUAAAUAUUUACUUGUCUCACUCGUGUAGCUUUUUCAGA